AAAAAAAUUAGAACCACUUGAAAAAAAUGAAGACUACCUGAAAAAAAAUUGGAACCACCUGAAAGUCGUCCGACCAAGAUUAUGGUCGGACGAGUCCGACACAAUACGUUCUCUUAUUAAUAAUACUUAAUUUAGUUCAAUUCAAAUUAAUUUAAUUUAGACCGAUUCAGUUCAAUUCAAACUCCUUCAUUUCAAUUCAAUUUAAUUCAAAUUUAUUCAUUUAAUCAUUUAAGUGCAAUUCAAAUUAAUUCGAUCUAAAAGAAAAGAGCUUACUCCAAAAUUCCAUCCCCCACCUCCCUGCUGUUUUACGCCAUUCGCGUAAUAACACAUAACCUGACAAAAAAACCGACUCAAAUCUCCUCUAAAUUUAACCCCAAUUUUCUUUUCCGCCAUAACCCCAAAUUUCCCCACUUCUGAAAUCUGAAUUUUGGUCGAUUUUUACAAUUUUUUGGAGAGUGUUUGAAAGAUGAAUCCAGUAGAUGAAGUUAUGAACAAAGAAGAGUGGGAGAUGAGACCAGGUGGGAUGUUAGUGCAGAAGAGAGAGAAUGGUUAUGAUGAUGAUGAUAAUACUCCUAUGUUCAAGAUCAAGGUCUCUUAUGGUUCUUCUUUUUACGACUUCACCCUUCCUUGUAAAUUCACUUUUGGUGAAUUGAAGAAGCUUCUUGCACAAGCAACAGGGUUAGAGCCACAGGAUCAAAAGUUGUUCUUCCGAGGGAGGGAGAAGGAUGAUGCUGAGACUUUGCUCAUGGCAGGUUUAAAGGACCACUCAAAGUUGUUGCUUAUGGAACGUCCUGCUAGCAAAGAGAGAAAAAUGGAGGAGGCAAGAAAGAAGGCAGAAAUAUCAAAGGCAUGUGCUGCAAUUGCAGAAGUUCGGGCAGAGGUGGAUAAGCUUUCCCAGAGGGUCUCCGCCUUGCAAGAAUCUGUUUAUGUUGGGGCAAAGCUAGAUGAAAAGGAAUUUAUCCUCUUAACCGAGUUGCUUAUGGUUCAGUUGCUAAAACUCGAUAGCAUUGAGGCUGAAGGAGAAGCAAGAAUCCAGCGGAAGACCGAGUUGUGGACUUUCUAUCACCUUCAUUUGAGAUAUUUUCGGAGGAUUAUGUUCGUCGUGUGCAAGGCUAUGUGGAUACACUGGAUGCGCUGAAGGCAAGAAACUCCAACCCACUUGAUAAUUGCAGCAAUGCUGUAUCAGUGUCCACCAACUGGGAAACUUUUGAUUCUGGUGUUGGUAGCCUGACUCCACCUUCCAUCUCAUCAUCUACAGAAGUAAUUCAAGAUUGGGAACGCUUUGAAUAGCCUAAUAGUGUGUUAUUAUGGCCUGUAUGAUCCAUUAGGGACGCGUGUGAUUAUGAUUUUUUUGCCUAUAAUGGCACCUCGUCAA